AAGCAGCUCAAUCGGCGGCUUUAUCGAGAGGGACUGGGCUUGGCGGAUCACCUCGUAAUCUAAGUGUGUCUCAUAUCAAGAAGCUUUUAGACUCACGCAAUGACCGAGAGGUGUUGGAUGGAAUGCGACGGGUCAUAACGUUGAUGUAUCGCUCCGAACCGUCCCUUCCUUUCUUCUCCGCAGUCGUGAAAAACGUCGCAAGCGCAAAUCUCGAAGUGAAGAAGCUAGUCUAUAUUUAUCUCGUUCACCAUGCGGAAACGGAGCCCGACCUGGCCCUCUUGUCCAUCAAUACGAUCCAGAAGUCGCUCACGGACCAAAACCCACAGGUGCGGGCCAUGGCACUCCGCACAAUGUCGGGAAUAAGGGUGCCAGUUAUAAGUCAGAUAGUGUCUCUUGCUAUCAAACGUGGUUGUGGGGAUAUGAGCCCCCAUGUUCGCAAGGCAGCCGCAUUAGCGAUCCCUAAGUGCUAUAGACUCGAUCCGAGCACACAAACACAGCUCACUGGGUAUAUUGCGACACUUCUAGGCGAUACCCAAUACUUUGUUGCCGGGCCAGCCGUGUCUGCCUUUCUGGAUGUCUGUCCUGAGAGAAUCGAUCUGAUUCAUAAGCACUAUCGGGGUUUGGUGAAGAAGCUUGUGGACAUGGAUGAGUGGGGCCAGCUUGCAACUAUACGACUUCUGACAUUCUACUCCAGGAAGUGCUUUCCCCUUAAGACCAGGAAGGUGAAGAUAAGCCAAACGAAAACCAAAGGGUUUUACGAUGACGACAUAGAAGAUGUGGGCACCAAAGGCGAUGAAGAUACCUAUGAUGUUCCCGUCUUGGAUUCGGAUCUUGAACUUUUCCUAGGAUCGUGCAAGCUCCUUUUGCAAAGCCGCAAUUCCGCCGUUAUCAUUGCCGUUGUCCGCUGUUAUCUCUACCUUGCUUCUCCGGACUAUCUCGCUGCUGCCGUAGGCCCGCUUGUUGCGCUUCUUCGGAGCCCCCAGGACAUGCAGCUUAUCGCGCUUUAUAACAUUGUUGCUGUUGCUUUACGAUACCCCAAGCCGUUUACGAAGUACAUUUCUCACUUCUUAGUACAUGCUUCUGACCCGGCACAUAUUUGGCGUCUCAAGCUUGAAGUUCUUACAAUACUAUUCCCACAUUGUGGCCUUCAUCUGAAGGGGGUGAUCAUUAGCGAACUUGAACAUUUUUCACAGGGUGCCGACCCGGAGUUGGUACGCGAGAGUGUGCGUGCGCUCGGGCGUUGCGCGCAGAGUGACCCUAAUACCUCCAGUCAGUGUCUGCGUAUUUUACUGCGCCAGAUAACAAGUCUUGACGAGAAUCUGGUGUCCGAAUCGUUAACGGUCAUCCGACAUCUGAUUCAACAAGAUCCAGCUUCUCAUGAGCGAACGGUCGUGCAGCUGGUGAAGCAUCUGGGUCUGACAACUAACCCCGAUGCUAGGUCAACUAUUGUGUGGCUAGUUGGAGAGUUUGCCGGUGUUGCACCAGAGAGGAACAUCGCUGCUGACGUCCUCCGAAUCAUGGUGCAGAACUUUGCAGAUGAAUCAGAAUCUGUCAAGCAGCAAAUAAUUCUCCUUGGCGCUAAAGUAUAUCUUCAUCAUCUUCUGCGCCACCCCCCCAAGGAAAAGCCUCAGUCGGAACCCGAAGUCCAGCAGCAAGUCAAAAAUGACUGGGCUGAUGGCCAGGACAACCCGGAAAAUGAGACGAACAAUUUCGAGGAAAAGCAGAAUGGAGUGGAGGAAGAAGAGGACACGAUCACUCUUCUUUGGAAGUAUAUCCUUCUGCUUGCUAGGUAUGAUACAUCUUACGAUCUCCGUGAUCGUGCCCGACUGUACAAAGCACUCCUCGGCUCACCAUCCUCGACACAAAUUGCAAAUUUGCUGCUUCUUGCCCCGAAACCGGUGCCGCACGCCCCCAGUCCAUCUGAAACUAGAAAGGACUUGCUCAUAGGCUCGUCUACUCUUGUUUUGGGGCCUGAAGCCGGUGUCCAUGGCUUGCGAGGUUAUGAAAAUCUCCCAGAUUGGGUUGGAUCUGGACAGGAGCCUGAUCCCAAGCUUCGUGAGUCCGAGGUGAAGCCAGACCUGACUGAAUCAGGCCCCAAAACUGCGGGCGAGCGACUGGACAGAGCUCUGAGGGAACAUGAAAGGAACAUAUCAGUGUCAAGUCAGGGUCGACCCGGAUACAUGAAGACGCCAUCCGCUGUUGCACCGAAGAGCAAGAAGACUCUUGACGAAUGGCUGGACGAACCCGAAACAGAAACGGAAGAGGAGACGGAUUCUGAAGAGGAAGUGACAGACUCCGAGGAAGAAGAAGGAUCUACGGAAUAUGAAACGGACGAGGAAGAAUCUGAAGAGGAGACCGACUCCGAUGACCGGGAACAAGCCCGACAGCUGUUGACCUAGAUCUCUCUAGGCAAAUAUGGGACGUACCUUUGCCAAUUCUGCGGUAUUACGUCACCUCUAUACUAGAUUAUGAGCUUAGAAUUGAAAUGAAUCAAAAUUUGAUAGAU